UGCGGAAGUAGCAUGUAGUUGGAUUUUCUGUAUGCCUCUCAAGUGUAUGGCUCACCUUAAAUUACAACAGUGUGUUUGUUGUGUUUUGCAUUUUCGGUUUUUACAGGGGGGCUAAGUGAUUUUGCUUUUGUGUCUCUCUGCAGCAAUGACCACCAUUGUACAUGAUACCACAGAGGCAGUGUGCCUCUCUGCUGAGUACAACCUGUACCUCAAGCCUAUUGCCAAAAUGACCAUCAGCGUGGCUUUGCCCCAGCUCAAGCUGCCAGGCAAAAGCAUCUCCAACUGGGAGGUAAUGGAGCGGGUGAAGGCCAUGGUGGCUCCGGAGCAGUUUUCAGUCUUGCGAAUCUCCAAGAGCACAAUGGACUUCAUCCGCUUUGAAGGUGAAGUGGAAAACAAAACUGUAGUCAAGAGCCUGCUAAGUCGUUUGGAUGGGAAGAGCAUCAAACUCAGUGGCUUUACUGAUGUACUGAAGCUCAAAGAAAUUACCUUGAAAAUAAACAACUAUCCAAAGGUUCGUGCAGUAGAAAAUAAAGUGGACUUCCCGACACGUCACGAUUGGGAUUCUUUUUUCCGUGAUGCCAAGGACAUGAAUGAGACGCUACCAGGUGAGAGGCCUGACACCAUCCACCUAGAAGGGCUUCCUUGCCGCUGGUUCAGUCAGAAGGACAGCCAGUACCCAGAUCGGCCCUCAGAAGAAGCCCUCGUUGCAGUUUUCCAGACAUUCGGCAAGGUACGAAAUGUUGACAUUCCCAUGCUGGACCCAUAUAGAGAGGAAAUGAUGGGCAAGAACUUCAGCACAUUCAGCUUUGGGGGCCAUCUGAACUUUGAAGCGUAUGUCCAGUAUCAGGAAUACUGUGGCUUCACGAAAGCCAUGGACACUAUGCGCAGCAUGAAGCUGAUGCUGAAAGGAGAUGAUGGAAAAGCCGUGGCUUGCAACAUCAAGGUGACCUUUGACACAAGCAAGCACCUUAGUGAUGCUUCUGUGAAGAAGAGAAACCUAGAGAGGAUGAAGUUGCAGGAGCUGGAGAGGCAGAGAGAGGAGCAGAAACAACGAGAGAAGGAAGAAGAGGAGCGGCGUAAGGAGGAAGAGAGGAAACAGAAGGAAUUGGAAGAGGAGGAGAGGGAAAGGAAGAAGGAGGAAAGAUUACGGAAGCGAGAGCAGAAGUUGCGAGAGAGGGAGGAGCGCAGGAAUCUGAAGAAAGUGAGGCGUCAGCAAGAGGAGGAGCAGAAGAAGCUGCAGAUGAAGAUUGCCUUGGAAGAGAGGAGACUGCUGUUGGCUCAGCGCAACUUGGAAUCGAUACGGCUCAUCGCUGAGCUGCUGGCCAGGGCUAAGGCUUUGAAACAGGAGCAGCAGAAGAAAGAAAGGGCUGAGCGUGAAGAGCAGGAGAGGAAGGAGAAAGCUCGACAGGAGGAGGAAUUGGCCCGUCUUCAGCAGUUGGAGGCCUGUCGCCGCAAGCAAGAGGAGGAGCUGCGGAGGGUGGAGGUGGAGAAAGAGCGAGCACUGGAGCUACAGCGGAGGGAGAAGGAGCUCAGGGAGCGACUGCUUUCCAACUUGCUGAAGAAGAACAGCAGCAAAGCUGCAGGCAUCCAGGAUCAGAGUGGCCCUGAAGUGACUGAGGAUAUCUGUAAUCCAGAUGAUGUGAUACUUGGGGUCCUGAGUGGGGUGAAUGGAUUAAAGGCAGCUGAAAGCAAAGAAAAGCAGAUGUCCAAAUCUGGUGCUCACUCCCAAGUUUCAGGGAAGAAUAAAUUAAUGGAAGAAAGGAGAGAAGGGGAGGACAGAAAAAAGGACCGGGAGGGAAGAAGGGAAGAAGUGUUUAGCAGCAAGCACAGCAGGGAACGAGCACGAGACCAUUCCCACAGGGAAAGGAGCUCUCACAGCCGAGGAAGGAGGCGACGGUCGCACAGCAGGAGGAGAAGGAGCUGCAGCCACCGAAGGAGGAGCUACAGUCAUCAUAGGAGCAGGAGGAGAUGUAGCCACAGCCACUGCAGCAGGAGCAUAAGCUCCAGCAGAGAGAGGAGCUGGAGCAGCACUGAGAGGAGUUCCAGCAGAGGGAGGAGUCACAGGCAUAGUCAUCGCAGAGUCAGUGGCAGGAGCAGCGAUAGAGGCAGGGACCGGAGGAGUCACAGUCAUUACAGUCGACGAUACAGGAGACACAGCAGGGAUAGGAGCCACUCCAGACGGCGCUAAACUCAUGGAUGACAGUUAUCAUUUUAUUCAUUUGUACUCACCAUUUCUGGACUGGCAAGUUCAGCAAGUUUCAGAGAAGAUUAGAUACUUUUGGUUCCUCAGUUAGGUGAAGAACUUCCAACUUCACAGACUGCAUAUGCAGGUGAACCUUAGUUGUUGCCGUGGAAUUUUACCCAAGUUGUUCUCAGAUGAUGAUGUUGUUGACAACCUAAAUUUUCACUAUAAUCAGUGUAGCAUGUUCACAAAAGUUAGUGAUGCAAAAUAUAAACUUGACCUUUUUUCCCUUUCCCGGAAAAUUAUUUCUGUGUGAAGUAAAAUGUAUAAACUGGAUUGAAGUACACUAAAACAUAAAUCUAAAAAUUUAUUCUAAAAAAGUGAGUUUUAAAGGGGUGAUUGGACAAAUUUAAGUUAAAGGCUAUAUCCUGGUCCACAGGUUAUUACAUCGACAGUCUGUUCUCUCAUUAAAACAUAAAACAAAUUUUUCCAUGACUGUGACGCAUCAGUGAGUUACAGAGAGUUCAGACAUGUUUAUUAUUAUUUUUGUCCAGAUUUGUAGUGAGAUUUUUAGAAAAUAAGACACAGGAUCUGAUAUUAAUAUACAUAAGGUUUGUUCUAACAAGCACUUGCAUGUUACAAUAGCUGCCGAACACUGUAAAGGUGACUACUGGGCCAUAACAAAUGGCUGCUGCUCAAUUACAGUGGGGGGAAAAAAAAAAUCCUCAAAUGAUGAAACACAUACCUGCUUUAAGACUAUAAGGUACAAUGACUGGUUUUUGUUAUCAUUUUUUUGUUAAGUAUUGGCUUUGUUGCUGAUAAUAGUUCAGAGAAAAACACAAACAGCUCUCUGUUACUGUGUCAACUUUGAAUAACAGCACAUAGUUUUUAGUUAAAGAAUUACUUUUGUGUACAAUUCAAAGAACAUUUUUGUUUUUGAAGUUGAAUGACGUGAUUUGAUUUGUUUGAAGGCUUGUUAAUGUAUUAAACCCAACUCUGCAAUUAGUGUACUUGCUCUUUGCGCAGUCAGAUGUGGAUCUAGAGUGCAAGUGAUGGAUUUGAGGCCUGUCUAGUUUCUUCAACACUUCACAGAUCUUUGAUAAAGCAGUUUCUUGGAUGCAUUUGUAAAAGUGUACUAUGAGGAUGUUUCUCUUGCUUUUACAGACAAAUUGUAGUGACAGGUAAAUUUCUUCAAUCUUACUAAUUACUGUACAGACUGUUGUUGACUUUUACUUGCUCAGAGGAUGUCCAAGUUUUGCUGACACUUUGUCAUUUGUACUUGUGUCAAAGCCUGUUUGUUCUCCAUGUGCUCAUGAUCCACUAGAGCAUGUCUUGCGCACAUUGCAAGUUGUUUAAAAUAAAAAAUUCAAGCUGA